GAGUUCAGUGUUUGGGUUCAAAGGUCGGAGAAACCAGAAAUGGAGAAGAAGAGCAGAGUACUGAUAAUCGGAGCAACAGGAAAUCUGGGUCACCAUUUAAUCAAUGCCAGCCUCCUUUUCUCUCACCCCACUUUCGCCCUCGUCCGACCCUCCUCCUUCUCCGACCCCCACAAGUCCCAAAAGCUUCAAGCUCUCUCCCACGCCGGCGUCAAACUCCUUCAAGGCUCGCUGGAGGACGAAGACAGCCUUGUUGAAGCAGUGAAGCAAGUAGAUGUGGUGAUUUGUUCUGUUCAAGCCAAACAAGUGCUGCUUCAGAAGCUUCUUAUCCAAGUUAUAAAAAAUGUUGGCUCUAUCAAGAGAUUCAUUCCAUCAGAAUUCGGAUUGGACCCAGAUAAGACGCAAAUUUCAGGGAUGGACCACAACUUCUAUUCAAACAAAGCCGAAAUUAGGCGUCUCGUGGAAGCUGAGGGCAUUCCCUACACUUUCGUCUCCUGCAAUUUCUAUUCGAGCUAUUUGCUUCCUUCACUUGUGCAGCCAGGCCUCAAAGUACCUCCAAGGGACAAAGUCACGAUUUUCGGGGAUGGAAAUACCAAAGGUGUCUUUGUCAAAGAAAUUGAUGUAGCUGCCUUCACUAUCAGGACUCUGGACGAUCCAAGAAGCUUGAACAAAGUGUUGUAUUUGAGGCCUCCUGGAAAUGUGUACUCGCUGAAUGAACUUGUUGAGCUUUGGGAGAGUAAGAUUGGGAAGAAACUCGAGAAGGUGUUUGUAUCAGAAGAAGAGCUUCUUAAUAAGAUUAAAGAGACUUCAUAUCCUGACAACAUGGCCCUGAUUUUCAUCUAUUCUGCUUUCAUAAAGGGCUAUCAGACCUACUUUGAUAUCGAAUCAACUGGUGGUGUCAAUGCGACAAAACUGUAUCCAGAGCUGAUUUAUUCUACAAUCAGUCAAUAUUUAGACACCCUAUUGUGAGUGCCUUUCAUACAUUAUGAGUCAGCCUCGUUAGAUUUUCACUAUUUAAUAGUGUAUGCAAACAAGUUCAAUUUACAAGCCUGUAGUUUUGUACAUGGAGUCUUUGUCCGAAGCAAGCGAAUCAGUCUAAAAAGGGAACAAUGUAAUAUAUUUACAAUAUAUUUGAGCAGUACCAUCUAUUUCCAAGG